AGCGGCAAACAGGUCCUCAGGAGUAAUUUCGUUGUGAAGAACUUCAGAGUUUUUCAAAUUACGCGGAAGGGAGGGCUGCGGCUGUCAGGUCAUUUAAACCCUACAAGUCCUCGGCGGCGGCGGCGGCGGCGUUGCCUUCAGCCCUUCACAGGCAAGCGGACGCCAUGGAUCCGCCGCACCCUUCACACCACCACCACCGCCUCCAUCUCCACCUGCACCUCGAUCCCGGCCACCACCACCGCAUCCACAUCCACCUCUGCCACCACAGCACCCACCUCCUCCUCCCCGCCGCUCCUUCCGCCCACCACCACCAGCAGCAACAGCAGCAGGGGGCGUUGGUUCCUCCCCAAUCGUUCCCCACCGCUCACCCCUACCCGCCAAACGCGGCGGCUUGGCACCCGCAAGGCCCAGUCGCCGGACUGCAGGGGGAGGCCGAGGCGGCGAAUGGCUUUUGGGAGGAACCGGCGCUGCAAGCGGAGCAAGGGGAGGAGGUUUAUCUCGAGGAGGAGGAUGAGGAGGAGGAGCCGGUGUUCGUUCUCACGGACGAGUGGGCGGAGUUCUUCGCCAGAGCCGACGCCAAGAGGAAACUGGCCAAGCAGCAGCAGAGGAAGAAUCGGAAGAAAUAGCGUCCGUCCGGAAGGCUCGCGGCUGGAAUAAUGCAGGACAGGGAUGGUUUACCGGGGAUUAUGAUACUUCAAACUUCUCAUCAUGAGGGAGACGUAUAUGAUAGGAUACGUUUUCUGAAAGUGUAAUCAGCUCUGAGAGCGAGAUUUUGUACUUCACAAGUUUUUCUUUUCCCAUUGAAAGUGUCUAUGCUAGGUAGUUACACA